AUGCGAAAUCACUUUCUCAAUGCUUUCAUUGCUGAUUUAUGUAAUCCUAAGAAUUGUUUUGGAGCUUCCAUCUCCAUACCUAUUGCUCCUUACAGUUUUCCUGAGAAGACAAGAAAAUGUUUCAUCUUAUAUAACAAUCAUUACUUGUACGCUUUAAAUAAAACAGCUGAUGAUGUGGAGGUCAUAGAUGAUUGGGAAGAAGAAGAGGAAGUUGAACCACGACUUGGCGACGGAGGAGAUGGUGGUGGGAUUGUUCUUGGAGGUGUCCAAUGGGGUGAAAAAGCUCUCUCUAUUGCUUCUCAAGUUGUGAAGCAGUCUGAAGAAGAUUUACAACUGUUUGCUUUCAGAACUUCUCCGCGUGGAUAUAUAUACGUCAGACUAGACAAACUCUCCAAUGAAUAUGGAUGUCCUACCUUGGAUGAGCUUGAGGAAUUUAGUCGAGAAUUUAAGAAAAGACUAGAUGAUGCAGGGGCUGCAAAAGUUGUCCCAGAGGAUCUAGCACUCGAGGUAUCAUCUCCUGGAGCAGAGAGGCUGCUGAGAGUUCCAGAGGACUUGCAGCGAUUCAAGGAGAUGCCGAUGACAGUAAGCUAUGAAGAGGAAACAAACUCGAGGAAAGCAGUAAAGAGCGCAGUGUUCCUCUUGGAGUCUGUAGAUGCAGAAUCAGAGAUCUGUAUCUGGAAAUUAGCAGAUGUGAGGGAGAACAGAGAUCCCGAAAGCAAAGGCAGACCGUUGACCCGUAAACAAAAAGACCUGAGAAUCAAACUGCCUUUCACAUUUCAUACGAAGAUAAAUCUCUAUCUGGAUUAG